AUGAGCAGGAAUGUUCUUCGCUCUCCCAACACUCAUGCUCUAAACGACGCUCUAAUUUACGAUGACACCGAAUUCAAGAGACCAGCGAGAGAAGUAGAGAUCUACGAGGCCAAGGCCGUUGCCAGUACUGACGUAUCUUCCCAGUAUCCGCAGCGAUCCCGAGCUUUAGAGUCCUCUUUGAUUACAGUGAACCAGGGUGUUCUUCGUCCCCCCAACAGCCACACUCUAAACGAUGCUGUAAUUUACGGUACCGUUGAAGCCAAGAGGCCCGCGAGGAAUAUUGAGCUCGCCAAGGUUCAAUACCCACAGCACUGCCGAACAUCCGAGCACGUUCUCUCGACAGAGUUAGCAAGAACUCAUCUGGGAGAACAUGGCGCUGCGGUCGCUAUAAACCGUCCAAUAACGACCUCGAGAAUGCCCUCGUUAAUGAACACUGAGCAGCAAACACUAACCUCCGACAGCCGCGAUGCGACUGCUAUUACAAUCCAAACUAUGCCAGAAACAGUCAGAAGCUCGAACCCCUACGAGGCCACAAUACAGCAAGUUAUCGCAGAGAGGGAGCGUAUCCGAACACUUCGACGUGAGCGUCAGAUCCGGUACAGGAAGAAGAAGCACGAGUACAUGCUCAGUCUUGAAGCAGAAACAAAGAUACUUCGAGAGAGAAUCAAGAUCCUCAGUCAGCGAAAGUCUGCGCUAUCCGCAAUCGACGCAACCCAACAAAAUGUUUGGAACGUUGCUGUGGAAUAUUUCAAACUCUUUCGCUACGGUCUUUCAGCCAAUGGACAAUCCUCUACCAGCAAAGGCAGUACUCAAUUGGAUUUCCUUCGAUCUUCAAUGUCACCCGACGUCAUUUUCAACGCACAACAAGGUAUUGAGACCAUGAUUACCAGUUGGAAAUACAUUACGUACGCGUUCCAAGCCCUGGAGAUAGAGCUGGAUAGCUUGGUCAGAAGUGUUGAUGGGUCGCUUGUCGCCACCACGACAACCAGUGUCUCUAUCAGUGGGCUCACAAUUCGUAACGUGUUCCCGCAUCUUUGUAGUGGCGAAGACGAAGACUUGCAUCGACUGGCUGGGAAAAUUGUUGGUCAUCGAUUCCACCUGGACGGAGUGACUCGUUUCGAGUGGGAUGCCGCGUCUCGACGAGUCUCUGCUGUGAUAUCUCAAUCAGAUAUGCUCACUCCGAUGCUGUGUCUUCUGGGUAACUUGGAUGACGUCUCUCGCGUAUUUUACAAGUCCCAUAUUUCGUCAGAUUUCCAAUGGAAAUAA